UGGUUACAGUUAUAACGGAAGACGAACUAGACUAUAAUCUUUCAAUCCAUGUCUAUGUGGUUAAAACAUCAUGCCAUUUUGCCAAUCCUAACGUCGAUGCCGUGUCGUUCUUUUCCUCGCACACUAGAUCAUGCCAUAGAGUGUAGUGGCAUGCUUAACCCCUUUACAGAGUAGUAUUAAAAGCGCCAAAAGUGAAAAAUGAAUCUAUGCGCCCAUCAGGUGUUCGACAGAAUGCUUAUGUGUGGAGAUAUGGCGAAGAAGCUGAGGUUCACCGCUUAUUCUUCUCCGGUAUUAAUGGCGGAGUUACAUGACUUGAGGAAAAGAAACAAGAGGAGAUCUGUAAGGAUGUUCAAGUGCAGAGCUGAAGGUGGACGCGUGCCCGUCGGCGACGACGUGUUUUCCGUGACGACGUCGUCUAAGUAUGAAGUGGACUAUCUCGGUCAAAGCACCAAGGGGGAUUUGAAUCUCAAGCUUGACCCUCUCCACUCAUUUGGAAGUGGGCAGGCUACGUUGGAGGGUCCAAUUGAGGAGGUAGCGAGAACAGAGGCUCAAGCUGCUGAAAAUUUGAUUAGAGAGUUGGGUAUCCAAGGUCCUUUCUCUGCGCAACACUCUCCUCGUGGUAUAUUUUGUAGUCGUACACUGAAUCUACGAUCCAUUAGUGUAAUCGGAUAUGAUAUGGAUUACACUUUGAUGCACUACAACGUCAUGGCUUGGGAAGGAAGGGCUUAUGACUACUGCAUGGAAAAUCUAAAGAACAUGGGUUUCCCUGUCGAUGGACUUUCUUUUGAUCCGGAACUGGUUAUCAGGGGUCUCAUGAUCGACAAAGAGACAGGUAAUCUAGUCAAGGCUGAUAGAUUUGGGUAUGUGCAGAGAGCCAUGCACGGUACGAACAUGUUAUCAAAUAAAGCUGUCAGUGAGAUCUAUGGAAGAGAGUUAACUGAUCUUCGGAACCAGAGCCGUUGGGAGUUUCUCAACACAUUCUUUUCUGUUUCAGAGGCUGUGGCUUAUGCGCAGAUGGUUGAUAGAUUGGAUGAUGGAUCUAUUUCAGCAGAUCUUGGCACUCUUAAUUACAAAGGACUGUACAAGGCUGUUGCAAAGGCUCUCUUCAGAGCACAUGUUGAAGGACAACUUAAGAGUGAGAUAAUGUCCAAGCCAGAACUAUUUGUCGAGCCAGACCCAGAAUUACCUUUAGCUCUUUUGGAUCAAAAGGAGGCUGGUAAAAAGCUCUUGCUUAUCACAAACUCAGAUUAUCACUAUACAGACAAAAUGAUGAAGCAUUCAUUUAAUAAAUUUCUUCCUAAUGACAUGGACUGGCGAGAUCUUUUUGACAUGGUGAUAGUUUCUGCGAGGAAACCAGAGUUCUUCCAGAUGUCACACCCUUUGUACGAGGUUGUGACUGGAGAGGGUUUGAUGCGUCCAUGCUUUAAGGCUGAAACAGGUGGUUUGUACUCAGGAGGAAGUGCGCAGAUGGUAGAGAGUUCACUCAAUGUUCAUGGAGAUGAGAUUUUGUAUGUUGGUGACCACAUCUACACUGAUGUCAGCGUCUCCAAAGUCCAUCUCAGGUGGCGAACUGCACUGAUUUGCCGUGAACUGGAAGAAGAGUAUAUGGCUCUAAUUUGUAGUCGUGGUCACCGAGAAGAGCUGAUAGAGCUUAUAAAUCAAAAAGAAGUUGUUGGAGAUCUCUUUAACCAGCUUCGGCUUGCUCUUCAAAGACGAAGCAAAGGCCGUCCUGCUCAGACCCUCGCUGCUACCAAUUUGGCUGAUCAAGAACUGACAGAGACCAUGCAAAAGCUUCUCAUUGUGAUGCAAAGACUAGAUGAAAAGAUUGGUCUGAUGCUCGAAUCAGACGGCGAGCUUUUCAACAAAAGAUGGGGCUUCCUUUCGCGUGCGGGUUUGUGGGACAAAAGCCACUUGAUGAGACAAAUCGAAAAGUAUGCUGAUAUAUACACAUCAAGAGUCUCCAACUUCCUCAACUACACGCCCUUCAUGUAUUUCCGCUCACAAGAGCAGUCACUGGCUCAUGAUUCUCCCCUUCCUGAUGCGGCUAUGGAAAACUAGCUGUUGUUUGUGCCCAGACUUGAGCCAAAUUUGUAUUGUUGUAAUCUUUUUUGUAAUGAAAAACUGUCGAUAGUAUUGUAAUAUUUUAUGUAUAAAAUGCGUAAUUCCUAUUCUCUGAACUAAAGCUGUUGCUGGCCUUGGUUGAUAUAAUGCUAUCGUUUUAAUUUAUCUUG